AAACAGUGCUCGACCGACGGUCAGCGCCGACCGUCGGACGACGUAGCUAUAUCUGUGUAAGUCUAUGAACACGCACACAGCUACGCUGACGGUACGCGCGUGAUUUGGUACGCGCGAGCGGUCGGUCGAGCCGUCGGUCCGGCUCGUCGGUCGCGCGUACGUCGGUCGAACGACGAGCUGUGAGAUUGUAUCGUUGCGUUCAGUGCUUCGCUGACGGAACGCGCGUACGUACAUUCAAAGCAAAAAUGAAUAUUGAUACAGAGCGUCUUAUUACAGAAGUGCGGCUUCGUCCGGUAAUAUGGGAUUUAUCGCAUGUAUUUUAUAAAGAUCGUGAUGCUAGAAUAAGUGCUUGGCAAGAAGUUUGUAAAGAAUUAAUUCCGGAUUUCGACGAUAAAUCCGAGAGUGAGAAAAAGGAUAUAGACAAACAAGUGCAGCAGAGGUGGAAAACUGCGCGAGACGCUUAUGUGAGGUGUAAGGCUACAUUAAAGAAUAUACCGUCUGGAUCUGGAGGUAAAAAAAGGAAGACAUAUGUUUAUUUUGAGUUUAUGAAAUUUCUGGAUAAUAAACGAGAAUUGAAUACCGAGGAUUCAAUUUUGCCAAAUGAGAAGCCAAACCAAAAUGAAACUGCUGAAUACCAAAACGAAGGUGCUGUCGUAUCUCAACCUACUGGAAACGAAGGAACUCUUGAACCUCAGCAUUCAACUUCCGAUGAUUCCAACAUUAAUCAAAACAGCAAAACUGCCUCUAACGGUGGACGAUUCGCCGUCAGCGUAGCACUAAAUGCAUUUUUGGAACCGACGGUCAGCGCUGACGGUCUGGACGUACGGUCAGCGCUGACGGUCUGGACGUACGGUCAGCACUGA